CCGCACCCCAGACCCAUGUGCUUCGUGAAGCAGCUCGAGGUCCCUCCGUAUGGAAGCUACCGGCCCAGUGUGGUCCCUUCCACGCCCAGGGCCAACCUGGCCAAGGAGCUGGAGAAGUUCUCCAAGGUCACCUUUGACUACGCAAGUUUUGAUGCUCAGGUUUUUGGCAAACGCAUGCUUGCCCCAAAGAUUCAGACCAGCGAAACCUCACCUAAAGCCUUUAAAUGCUUCGACUACGCGCACGACGCGGAGGCUGCGCACAUGGCGGCCACCGCCAUCCUGAACCUCUCCACACGCUGCUGGGAAAGGCCCGAGAACCUCAGCACGAAGCCACAGGAAGCGCCUGGCAAGGCGGUGGCCAUCGAGGUGGAUGAGCACGGGACGCUGGACCUGAGCAUGCGCAGGCACCGCAGGCGGGAGGGCCCGGCCCCCGGCAGCGGCCCCGGGGCGAAGGCUGCCGAGGCCUCCCAGCACCAGAGCGGCACCAGCGCCCCCCGCAGCUCCGUGGCGCCCCAGUCCAGCCAGGCCUCCCACCAGGAUGAAUGGGACCGGCCUCUGGACUACACCAAGCCCAGCCGCCAGCGAGAGGAGGAGCCUGAGGAGUCAGAGCCAGCAGCCCAUUCUUUUGCUUCUUCUGAAGCAGAUGACCAGGAAGUGUCUGAAGAGAAUUUUGAGGAGCGGAAGUACCCUGGGGAUGUCACCCUGACCAACUUUAAGCUGAAGUUUCUCUCCAAGGACAUAAAGAAGGAGCUGCUCACCUGUCCCACCCCGGGCUGUGACGGCAGCGGCCACAUCACCGGGAACUAUGCCUCCCACCGCAGCCUCUCUGGUUGCCCUCUUGCUGACAAGAGCCUCAGAAACCUCAUGGCUGCCCAUUCUGCUGACCUCAAGUGCCCCACCCCCGGCUGCGACGGCUCUGGCCACAUCACAGGGAACUACGCUUCGCACCGCAGCUUAUCAGGCUGCCCUCGUGCCAAGAAGAGCGGAGCCAAGGUGACGCCGACGAAGGACGACAAGGAAGACCCCGAGCUGAUGAAGUGCCCAGUUCCAGGCUGCGUGGGGCUUGGCCACGUCAGCGGCAAGUACGCCUCGCACCGAAGCGCGUCGGGCUGCCCGCUGGCCGCCCGCAGGCAGAAGGAGGGCUCCCUCAACGGCCCCUCCUUCUGGAAGUCCCCGAGGAACGAGGGGCCCACCUGCCCCACCCCGGGCUGCGACGGCUCGGGCCACGCCAACGGGGGCUUCCUCACGCACCGGAGUCUGUCCGGCUGUCCCAGAGCAAGCUUUGCUGGAAAGAAGGGAAAACUCUCAGGGGAUGAUGUUCUUGGCACGAAGUUUAAGACUAGUGAUGUGCUGGAGAACGACGAGGAGAUCAAGCAGCUGAACCAGGAGAUUCGAGACCUGAACGAGUCCAACUCAGAGAUGGAGGCCGCCAUGGUGCAGCUGCAGUCCCAGAUCUCCUCCAUGGAGAAGAGCCUUCGGACCAUCGAGCAGGAGAACAAGCUCAUCGAGGAGCAGAACGAAGCCCUGUUCCUGGAGCUGUCGGGCCUGAGCCAGGCCCUCAUCCAAAGUCUCGCCAACAUCCGCCUUCCGCACAUGUGUUGCCCGAGUGUGAUCUCAAAGAUGGGAGGUGCUGUGAGUGCCGGUGAGGACAACGAUGAACUGAUAGACAAUUUGAAGGAAGCACAGUACAUCCGGACCGAACUGGUGGAGCAGGCUUUCCGAGCGAUUGACCGCGCAGAUUAUUAUCUUGAAGAGUUUAAAGAAAAUGCGUACAAAGAUUUGGCAUGGAAGCAUGGGAACAUCCACCUGUCGGCUCCGUGCAUCUACUCAGAGGUGAUGGAAGCCCUGGACCUGCAGCCUGGGCUCUCGUUCCUGAAUCUGGGCAGUGGCACCGGCUACCUCAGCUCCAUGGUGGGGCUCAUUUUAGGUCCUUUUGGGGUAAACCAUGGUGUGGAGCUCCAUCCAGAUGUGAUUGAGUACGCAAAGCAGAAACUAGACUUCUUCAUCAGGACCAGCGACAGCUUCGACAAGUUUGACUUCUGUGAACCUUCCUUUGUUCCUGGCAAUUGCCUGGAGCUUUCUCCUGAUUGCUCUCAGUAUGACCGGGUGUAUUGCGGUGCAGGUGUGCAGAAGGAGCACGAGGACUACAUGAAGAGUCUUCUCAAGGUGGGGGGCAUCCUGGUCAUGCCGCUGGAAGAGAAGUUGACUAAGAUAACGCGCACGGGACCUUCUGCUUGGGAAACCAAAAAGAUCCUGGCUGUUUCCUUCGCUCCUCUGGUCCAGCCGCGCCGCUCAGAGUCGGGGAAAUCAAGACUCGUCCAGCUACCCCCCCUGGCGGUCCGGAGCCUCCAGGACUUGGCUCGCAUUGCCAUCCGGGGCGCCAUUAAGAAGGUCAUUCACCAGGAAGCAGUGAGCAGAAAUGGGGACGGACUGAAAGCCACUCCCAGGUUCAAGCGAAGGAGAGUGCGCCGCCGUCGAAUGGAAACCAUUGUCUUCUUAGACAAAGAGGUCUUUGCCAGUCGGAUUUCCAACCCUUCUGAGGACAACAGCUGUGAGGGCUUGGGAGAGGAGCAGCGGGAAGAAGAGGAGCAGAGCCCAGCUGAGACAAAGCCAGAGCCCCCCGUGAACUUCCUGCGGGAGAAGGUCCUGAGCCUGCCCCUGCCUGACCCCCUGAAGUACUACCUGCUCUACUACAGGGACAAGUGAGCGCAUGCAGGUGGCGCCAAGCCUGUGGCCAGCGGAGUGUGCCCUGUCUGCACGGUUCUUCCAGUUUGAUCUUGAUUAUCUUGUAGAAUUUUCAUUAAAUGGUAGAUUUCUUUAAAUAUAAUCUGACAAACAGUAAGUGCAUGGGAGAAUGUUUUCUUGAAAGGGACAGAGUCUCCUGGAGAAAGGCUCCCCUCAGCUCAUGGGAGGCACAGGGAGGCACGUCUGCACAAGCAGGGAGGCCGGGGGGCUGUGCCGUGCGUGGAGCGUGCAAGCGCACCUUUGUGAGCGUGGGGGCUUCUGGGUGAGACACACCUCUGUCCAAAUUUGAAUUUGACGUUAUCAACCUCUUAAUUCAUGGCCCUGACCUUCACUAAACCUAGCUCUCUUUUCUUGACAAGCCCUCCCUUAUUGUAAAAUUGUAAAAAUUCUUAUGGGAGUUGUCAGUUUGUGUGUGUGCUUAUUUUUAAUUGUGUUGGGGGAGGGGGAAUAAAAGUAUCAAACUGCCAGAUACCUUUUAGGAGUUCCAAGAAUUCCGAGGAGUUUUCCCUGAUACCUUCCCUUACCUUUAGAAGAGCUAAUGUCACGCUGGCUGGUAGCUCGGUUGGUUGGAGCGUCCAGAUACACCAAAGUUUCGGUUUUGAUCCCUUGUCAGAGCACACACAAGAAUCAGCCACCGAAUGUUUAAAGAAGUGGAGCAACAAUAAAUCAGUGGUUCUCUCCCUUCUCUUCUCUACAAUCGAUCGAUCGAUCUAUCGAUCAGUCGAUCAAAAAAAAAACACCAAUGUCUAGUAAUCCCUGCGAGAAUACCUUGAAGAAUGAAGCGCAUGCAGUGUAGGUAAUAAACGACAACGUUUACCCCAGUGCGGACUGAUGACGACGACGACGAGAGGAUUGCGGUGAUCCUUGCUAGGGUUGGCCUCAGGAGGGACCCAGGCCGUGGCCCUCGGAGCCAGUGGAGGCCCUCGGGCUGCGGGAAGGGUGGGGACUCUGGCUGCUUGCGCUUUUCGCUUUCCUUCAGAGCUUCCAUUGGUAUUCCUCUAUAAUCACAUUAGAGAACUGACUCAUAGAUUUUAUCUUUUGUAAUUCUGGAGAAAAAAGAUUUGUUAGUUUUGUAAUUUUUCUUAAGAACAAAUAUAUGUAUUUUGCUAGCUCCAUUGCACAGACUGGGGCCUCGUGUGGCAGGAGCUUUUGUCUCAUUAGGUUCUGGGUCCGGAGGAAGGGUCCUGUUGGUCUGGUGGCAGAAUGUUUGACGUUACAGUGCUUAUUCCAAAACACUGGUUCUUUCUCAUUUUUUUGUUUGUUUGUUUGUUUACCCAAACAGAAGAAACGGUAUUAAAUGUUAACAAAUAGCCCAGUAAACAGUGCUGAUGUUGGUCAGUCACCCAGAGUUGAGGUUUAAUUUUAUCGCUUCAAGUCUUGGGUGUUGCUGAGGUUUAGUGUCUCUGGUUUCAACCAGUUAACUGAGUCCUGGUUAUUUUUCACCUUUUUGCUGUGUUUAGUAGCUGAAUCCUUUCUGUCACAGGAUGCUGUGUGCAUGCCUCACUGGGAAACUGUGUUGUGUCCUCCUGGGCUUGUGUCCUGAAGCUGUUGGGAAGAAGCACUUCACGGCUUGGUGACCUGCCUGUGACUCGGCCACUCUCCGAGCAGGGUGGAGCACUCCCAGGGACCCUGCAGAGCGACAGGGUCUUGUGGAUACACAGAGGCCUCCAAUUUGUGGACAUUCUUGGACUUAAGUGUAUCUGUGAAAUCUGUUCUAUUAUGCUUUUCCCCUGUGAUUGUAUAUGGAUUUCAUUUCUUUUAAACCACAUUUGCCUUAUAAAAGGCAAUGCAGGGGCGUGUGCCUCGGUUGUGGGUUCCCCAGCCCUGGUCGUGGUGCGUGCAGGAGGGUGGUGCGUGCGGGAGUCGCCAAUCAACGUCUCUUGUGUUAAUGUUUCUCCCUCUGUCCCUCCUCCCUCCCUCUCACUUUCUCUAAAACCAGUGGAAGAAAUGUCAUCAGGUGAGGAUUCAAAAAAAGGCCAUGCAUAACACGUUUUCCCAUGUGUUAAACAUGCCUAGCAGUUUUAAUUUACAUGUUCUCAGUUGUGAUUUUUAAAGCAGAAUUUGGUUAAAAAAUCUGAUGCUGUAAUCUAUAUGAACUAGCUGGUAAACAUGGCGGAGGGUGUGAGCGGCCGCCUGUGGCCGGGCCUCUGGUGCAGCGUGAGCGGCCUGCGGCUCCUCGGUAUGUGCUCCCGCCAGCCGCGCAGACACCGCUCUUCGACUGUGGGCUUCUGUGUAGUCAGUCAUCCUGUGUUUUUAUAUGUGACUUUUGUCUUAGAAGUAGGAGAGCCAUUGAGAUGUACAAAACAAAGAUCAAGUUUAUAACAUUAAGUGUGUAAUGUAAAAAUCACUGUGUGAACGUGCUUUAGCCAGGCUGGAACUUCCAGGGGAUUAAUGUAAGAAAUCUGAAACUGGUUUUAAAAGCUGACAUACCUGGAUAAAUACAAGCUAUCAAUAAAGGCAGUUAAGACAUUUUA